GUUCCAGGAAUCCUUGCCAUAUCUGUGACUGUAAAUCCUGCUGCAGUAAGGUUGGAUGAAGAUGCAGUAAUGACGUGUACAUAUCCACUUGGAGAAUAUGUUUUUGGAAAUUUGGCCUGGUUCAAGUGUGAUGCAUAUGGUGUUAAACUUGGGGAUAGUAUUAUAUCUAAUAUAAGUCGGAGCCAAAAUACCAAUGGUAAUUACAGCCUCAGUGACAAUGGAAGCCUUAUUAUACAUAACGUUGAAGUGCAGGAUGCAGGUUACUACUUGUGUUGGAUACUUUAUAGUGGUAACACAGCUGAGGGAUACGCAUUAUUAACAGUCUACUAUCUUUCAUAUCCAACAUUAGUUACUAAAAAUCUGACGUUGAAGGAGGGUGAUGCUGCCACCUUUAUGUGCGUAUCAGAAGGAAACCCAGAACCCAGCAUCACAUGGUUGAAAGAUGACAAAGAUCUUAAUGUACCUUCUGAAACAUCAUUGGUGCUAAAUAUGGUGACUAAAAGUGAUGAGGGAAAUUAUAAAUGCAGAGCUGAAAAUAAUGUAUCAACUGGAGCUAAUGGAAAACUAAGUCGAGAGACUGCAACCCUAACAGUGAUAUCUAAUGAGAGUUCAAGCCCACCUAUAAUAAUUGGCAUUGUGAUUGGCCUUGUGGUACUGGUUGCUGCAAUAGUUGGUGGUUUCAGCUACAAAAAUGAUAAUCUCUGUUUCAGUAGAAAUGCAAAAAAAGCAAGUGGCGGUGGCUCAGAAAAUAUUGGUUUAAAUUCAAACUUUUCUGAUGUUGGCAUUAAUACCUAUGCACAAGUACAAAAACCAAAGCCAGUAAAAGCUACAAAGUCACAGCAUUCUGAACAAGCUGUAACCCAAACCAAACCCCCUGACAAACCACAGCGUGCACCCAGUAGAGACAGAGCUAAUGUAGAGCAGCUGACGUAUGCUGACCUUGAUCUUGUCAAGAGUGAAGGUAAAAUUAUCCAUACGGAUCCCGAGACUGAAUAUUCCAGUGUCAGGACUGAAAAACAACUGACUUACGCUGAUCUAGACCUCACCAAAGAUGUCAAUACUGGAAGCAAAGACAAAAUUAUCCGCACGCAGCCGGAGACUGAAUAUUCCAGCGUCAUGAUAACCAAAAAAUAAGAAAAAUAACCUGUCAAAAAGCCAGCAGUUAUAGCAGAAUAAAAUAAAUAAGUAUUGAAAUUAAUGUGAAAACUCAUUCCUGUAGGAAUUUUAGAUGUAGCAAUUUGGAUUACAGUAACUUUGAAUUCUUUUGAUAACAAUUAUUAGCAGAUUGCAAUUGUGAAUUACAUCAUUUUAAUUCUGAAGUAAACUUCAACAAACCGAAUGCUUUAAGCUUCUUGCUCUGCUUUUUGUUAUUUGUAUAUUAAAUAAUCUGUAUUUUUACGUUUGAUAAUAAUUAUUACUUUUGUAUUUGAUGAUACUCAGUGUUUUUGUAUUUGUUAAUAAUUAUAUCUUUGUAUUUUUUAAUAAUUAUUAUCUUUGUAUUUUAAUAUAUUCAAUGUUUUUGUAUUAUAAGUACAAGAUUAUUUUUCCAUUUAAGUACUUUGUAUUUUUGUAUUGACGUGUAUGAUUGUAUUGGGUUUUUUGUAUUGCUAUAUGUUAAUGUUAGUUAAUUUGAAAAAGAGCUAUGUGUGCCUGCAUUGCAAAGAUUUUGAUGGAUAUAUCUAUGCUGAAUUGAUUUUACUAAUUAUUCCAAUACAGUAUAUGUAAUUAACGAUUUUUAAAGAGUAAUUUUAUACAAUAUAUUUUUUGAUAAAAAAAAGCUUAAUAAAUAUUUUUGAUAGCAGAUAGCAUAUUUCAAUAAUUUAGAAAUUUUCUUAUGGUACAAUUUUAAUUAUGCCUAAAAGCCUACCAUUUAUUAAUAAGAAUAUUGGAAUAUUUACAUUCACAGAGAGGCGGACAGUGGGAUUUUUGUUUUUGACACUUCCAUUUCCCAAUUUCAUCAGUUUGAUCAAAAUAUUGUUAAAAUUUUCGGUCCCGCUUUUUUUUUUUUUAUAUUGGAUUCAACCAUCUUAGUGGCACAACAUGACAGGAUGAUGAAAUUUAAAAUAUUAGACCAAGAUAAUUCUCUCUUAAGAUUUUUUUUUUAUUAUUACCAUUGUAUAAUUAAUAACUUUUACAUGUUAUUUUCCAAGUUUUUAAAAAGAUUAUUGUGUUGGAUAGUAACUUUGAAACAUUUUCGAUAUAAGAAAUAUUAAACAUUUACACUUUGUUUUAAAAAUA